AUCACUCUAGAAAUCCAAAUGGUCCCCCAUAUUGACAAAAACAGCAAAGACGGCGACAUCAACUACAGGCUGCCAUCGUCGUUCCCAAUUGGCCCAAACUUCACUCGCUACGAGCAUAACCCAAUUCUUAAGCCUGACCCUGCCAAUGACUUUGAGAGUGCCUAUUUGUAUAACGCCAGUGCCAUUGUUGUGGACGACAAGGUGUUUUUGCUCUACCGCGCCCAGAACGCCGCCAAAGUAUCCACAGUGGGAUUGGCGUGGCUGACCGACGGGUACAGCUUCACCCGACACCACCAGCCGGUUCUCUACCCGACCGAGCCAUGGGAGACAGGUGGUGGGUGCGAGGACCCCCGGAUUACAAGAGAUCCUAUCUCCAAGUUGUUCAUCCUCACAUACACCGCGUACGACACCAAGACAGCCCGCUUGUGCGUUGCGCUGUCCGAAGACUUGCUCACUUGGCAAAAGUACCCUCCUGUCGUGCAACCUGACUCCAGCUGGAACGACAUUGAAAUCGACUCCGAUGGUAACCAGUUAAUUAGACAAGCUUGGCUGAAGUCAGGUGCCAUAUUCACCGAGCGCCACCGUGAUGGUAAGUACUACAUGAUAUGGGGGGAUAGUGCGUUCCAUUUGGCCGUCAGUGACGACUUGAAAAUAUGGAAACCCACUUCCAACAAUUUGGCUGCCAACCGGUUUGCGCAGGGGGUCUUCGCCUGGGAAAACCGAUUGAUCGAACCGGGUCCCGCUCCCAUAAAAAUCGACUACAGAGACAGCCACAGCACCAAGAACCACUACGUGUUGUUCUACAAUGCCGCCACCACCGGCGGCGGCCUGUUUGCCAAAAACACAUAUAGUAUUUCGCAAAUGUUGGUCGACUAUGAUGACAUUGCCAAAGGACCAGUGGCUCGGUUGGAGAAGCCAUUCUUGGUACCCAACGCCGCCAAUGAGAUCGAGGGACAGGUCAACCGCGUGGUGUUCACCGAAGGGUUGGUGCAAUUCCACGGAAAAUGGUUUCUCUAUUUCGGCCAGGGCGACUCCGAGUUGGGCGUGGCCACCUGCGAUGUAUAGAAAAUGCACGAGAGCGCACCCC